AUGCAUGGUGUGAAGCAGAAAUGGAUAGUACACUGCACACAUUUGACUGUCAAUCCACACGCCCACCUCAAGCAAUCCACCAAGGAAGAUAUCAUGACAUUUUUGGAGUGGAUGCUUGACUCAUACAGGAGAAUACGGAAGAGAAGUACCGUUCAUGCCUACAAAAGAAUUCUAUUUCAAGUCUACCGAAAAUCAAUUGGAAUCGACUUUGACAAGAAUGAGAAUGACGAAGUCAACAAUUUUAUUAACGGAUAUUUGACUAUACGCUAUAAACUGGACACCUCUGUUAAUGAAAAACCUGUUAUGGAUGUAGACGACGUCUACCUCGUGCAGCAUCACCAUUGGGUGCACGACACAUCCAUUUUUCCCGACGAACGCCAACGUAUACAAUUAGCUUUCCUCAUCCUCUUGCAAGCGUACACAGCAACACGGCCAAGGGUGUUUGCAUACAAAAAACUCAGCAAAAAAGCCAUUCAUGAUCAUUACUUCGGCAGUGAAGAUGAAGAUAUCAUGAACGAAGCAGAGGAAUGGGACUCCAAUGAGGAUGACUUUAAGACGAUAUGCUAUAAGGAUGUGAGAUUAAUUCUCUUAAAAAACCCGGAUGGGGGCAGAGAUCUCCCAGCCUUGGAAGUCACGCUCAGAUAUACGAAAGGUUGGGAGCGAAGAGAAAAUCCGAAAACUUUUAUUUUCUACGAGGUUGAUGACCUCUUAUUCGAUGCCGUUCUUCAUAUUUUGGCGCUUGCGCUCCUUGACAGAGCAUUCAAAUCGAAAAUCCGAACCGUCCAUGACUUUUACAAGAUUAAAGUUCCACCACCACGACACUCUCUCGAAUUUGAAUGGAGAGUUGAGAUUUUGAAUGUACCAAUCUUCCGACAGGCAAUGCUAACCUCUGACGGAACGAUCAGAACUUCCGAUCAUGAGGCACUCCGGUACCAUACUUACCUCUACUAUCUUCAGAGACUAGGUCUCGUGACUGGACUUAUGCAAAUCUUGAAUCCGUAUUGUAUUCGCCGAGGAGCAGGAGAAGGUGUUGAAGCCGUUGGAACCCAGGCACAGCUUCAACAGGUUAUGCACCACAUAAAUGCAGCGACUUAUCAAGCGUAUAUCAACCAGCGUGUUCAGUGCGAUACGGUGGCAGCGUUCCUUGGACGACCCUCAAAUAAAGCAUUAAUAAAAGCAGCGGGCCACAUGAGUCGUUACGCUGAUCCACGAGCUCCCACAAGUGCUAGUACUGUGGAGCUUGGAAAGAUCAAGACCAAUACAACACUUAUCAAGAUGAUAGAACUUCGCGAUACCCUGAGCCUUGAAGUUCGUCGAGAAUCAGGCAGUAUCAAGAAUGGCGAGGCAUGUGGUACGAAGCUGUCCCAGAUGUACCGGGCUAUUGAAAACAAAGUGCGCUCUACAAGAUCAUAUCUUCGCAAACUGGCAAAAUCUUCGACGAGAGAAGAUUUCUUCAAUAAAGUCAACACUGCGGAAAUCAAUGCGCAGCUGCAGGACGAAGAACAGACAUUUUUGGAUUUGAAAUCGGAUUCUUGGAAACCCCAAUCAGAUUACAACCUAGAAGAACGCAGACUCCUUGCAAGGCUCAUUUGCGCCAGUAUAACUGAACUGGAUGACGAAACAAAGCUGAGACAUAGGCUCUACACCACACAUACAAUGGUGAUACUAGGCCAGAAAAAGGAACCUCGGCCAGCGCAGCCCGCCGUGAAGCAGGACUUGCAAACUAUACCCGAGAAAUGUGACAAAAAUCAGUGCUUUAUAUGUUUCUGGGAUUCGACUGCGUCGCCGAGCCAAAGAUUUUACAAAUACUGCUCUCCUUAUCGUGCCAGAGAUCACCUCUACUCUCGUCACCUGAAAGGCAUUGAGGAGCACUCUAUUGCAUGUCCCGACCCAAAGUGUAGAGAUACGAAGGCUAUUUUUAAGGAGCGUCAUGCCUUUCAAAGCCAUUUGGCCAAGGUCCAUGACUAUGAUAAUUUUAAUAGAUAUAAAUGCUUAGAGACGUGUAUUUAACGGUGGAAAAUGCAACCAGAGUUGGAUUAUUUUUCCAUAGAAAGAGAAUAUAGCAUUAUAGAUGUUUGGAGACUGAAAUAACUACUUUAGGCUUACAUAACAACUUUUCAUCUUGCUUG